UUUUGGGUGAUACCUUGUUUUGUUGGGGUCCUUACUAUGAAAAGUGAGGGAUGCAUGUGCAAAUGGAUAAUGCCUGGACUAUAAGUAGAAAUAGAACUUUGACCCACAACCUGCCGCAACCUGUCUGAGAACCAGCCCCUUAUCUACGCAGACAGGCCCGGAAUCCAGCCUGCUCUGUGGAGAAAAUUUUUACAACUGGAGACGUCAACAAAGAUGGGAAGCUGGAUUUUGAUGAAUUUAUGAAGUACCUUAAAGACCACGAGAAAAAAAUGAAGUUGGCAUUUAGGAGUUUGGACAAAAACAAUGAUGGAAAGAUUGACGCUUCAGAGAUUGUCCAGUCUCUCCAGAUCCUGGGGCUAACUAUUUCUGAAAAACAAGCAGAGUUGAUUCUUCAAAGCAUUGAUGCUGACGGGACAAUGACAGUGGACUGGAAUGAAUGGAGGGACUACUUCUUAUUUAAUCCCGUUACAGAUAUUGAGGAAAUUAUCCGUUUCUGGAAACACUCGACCGGAAUUGACAUAGGGGAUAGUAUAGCUAUUCCAGAUGAAUUUACAGAAGAUGAGAAAAAGUCCGGGCAGUGGUGGCGGCAGCUUUUGGCGGGAGGCGUCGCUGGCGCCGUCUCACGAACAAGCACCGCUCCAUUGGAUCGCCUGAAGGUCAUGAUGCAGGUUCACGGUUCAAAAUCAAUGAACAUAUUUGGUGGCUUUCGGCAGAUGGUAAAAGAAGGAGGAAUCCGCUCCCUUUGGAGAGGAAAUGGAACAAAUGUUAUUAAAAUUGCUCCUGAGACAGCUGUUAAGUUCUGGGCAUAUGAACAGUACAAGAAGUUGCUUACUGAGGAAGGACAAAAGAUAGGAACCUUUGAGAGAUUUAUUUCUGGGUCCAUGGCUGGAGCAACUGCACAAACUUUCAUUUAUCCCAUGGAGGUUUUGAAAACCAGGCUGGCAGUAGGUAAAACUGGCCAAUAUUCUGGAAUGUAUGAUUGUGCCAAGAAGAUUUUGAAACAUGAAGGCUUAGGAGCUUUUUACAAAGGUUAUGUUCCCAAUUUAUUAGGCAUCAUACCUUAUGCGGGCAUAGACCUUGCUGUGUAUGAGCUCUUAAAGUCCCAUUGGCUGGAUAAUUUUGCAAAAGACUCUGCCAAUCCCGGCGUCAUGGUGUUGCUGGGGUGUGGUGCCCUGUCCAGCACAUGCGGCCAGCUGGCCAGCUACCCGUUGGCUUUGGUGAGGACUCGCAUGCAAGCUCAAGCCAUGGUAGAAGGAGCCCCACAGCUCAACAUGGUUGGCCUCUUCUGGCGAAUAAUUUCCAAAGAAGGAAUACCAGGACUUUACAGAGGCAUCACUCCCAACUUCAUGAAGGUGCUCCCUGCUGUGGGCAUCAGUUAUGUGGUGUACGAAAACAUGAAGCAAACUUUAGGAGUGACUCAGAAAUGACAUUCUGAGGUGUUUGCUUCAGAGGGACUAUUGAAACUUUCAACAAUCUUUUGAAUGUCUCCUCCUAGAAUUGCAGCAGGUUUAUGGCAAAAAAAAAAAAACAAAAAAAAAAAAACCCUAUAUUUUUUCCACACAAUGGAAGAGCAUAUCAUCAAUCACUUCAAAUAUUUGGGCUCAACUUUGUCUAGAUAAAUUAUGGCUUGAAAGGUUUUUGAAAAAACCACACAAUUGUACUUCAUCUUUUCUGAUUUGUCCGUCUGCUGAUGUGUGUCCUGAGUCCUCAAUCUGAAAAUGUGCUCUUUUGAACUAAAUUUGCUUUGCAUGGUACAAUUAUAAAUCACUAGUCUGUG